UAGUGGUCUGUGGUUUCGUCACGAAAUGAUUAACAAAGCAAGAAAGUUAACCCAACCUUUUCAAGAAGUAAACAGUGAUGUUGGAAGUGCAAGAUUUUCGAGAUUUUUCAAUCACAUCGUGGUACCAAAAGUUUAAGCCGCUAACUAUAACAACGAUUAUAUUAGAACUACCUGAUGAAUUCAGCAACAAACUGCGUUGUUUUGAAAGAGGUGAUGAUUCAGAAGAGGAAGGCGACGAAGAAAAUUGUCCUCCAGCAUUUAUAGAUGAACUGAAAAAUGCGUUGAACAUUUUAAAUAAUAGUGUUUUUAUUAAAAAUAACUGGCAUGCACCAACGGAUGCACGAGCAUUUAGCUUUGGAAACACUUUAAAAGCAUCUAGCAUUGAUGAUAUUAUCUUGUUUUUUAAAACUUCAGGAAUCUUACAAGAAGACUUCUCAAGUGUUAAAGGAGUACCCUUCUGUUUGACCUUAAAGCAAUGGGUUAACAUACACCCAGCAGCAGAGUUUAGGUGUAUUGUAAUAAAUAAUUGCUUAAGAGGAAUAACUCCAAGAGACUGGCCCACAUACUAUCCUCAUUUUAAAGAGGAAGGUCAUGAAAUUAUUAAAACUUUAAACAAGUUUUUUACUGAAAAUAUCAAAUUGAAAUUUCCUCGGACACAUUAUGUUUUUGACAUUGUAUUGUCUUACCCAGAAACACCAUAUAUUGUGGACUUCAAUCCAUUAAAUAGCAAGACUAACUUAUAUGCAUUUUCAUGGAAGGAAAUUGGCCCAUUGCUCAACAAAGAAACUAUUGAGGAAGUUGCUCCAGUAUUUAGGCAUUUAGAUUCUGACAUUGGCAUUAUGACUAAAGCAAGUGCAUUGAUGAAAUUACAACAGUCAGAUGAUUAGUUUUUCUACAUUAAUAUACAAUGUAC